CGAAACAUCGAAUAGGCGUCAGAGUGAGAUGGUCAUGUGUGUCUCAUGAGUUGACAUUGAAUAAGCGACGACGCACUUCGCCUGUGUUUGUGUCUGCGUGUAUAUGUAUGUGCCAUACAUACACACAUGUCGAACCCAUUGACAUUUCAGCGAACGGUGUGUAGUAAACAAGCAAAUUAAGUCGGCAUUCUCACAUAGUAGUUAGCAAUGGCUGCGACCGCAACAAACUCAGUUGAUUCCCAAAUUGAGGGCUUCGUACAAAAAAUACUGAAUGUCACAUUUUUGGAGGAGGCAUUCGGUUGUGUUAUUGUUCACCAGCCGAACACUGGAGCAACAAAGGUUCAGCAAUUGAGUGAGCAAAUGACCAAAAUUUUGUCGGGUUUGACAGCUGAUCAAAAGGAGAAUGCUCUUAGAAAUUAUAUACUCUUAGUUGCGGCCGAAUACAAAUUGGAUCAUUUGAAAUGGCUUUUUCAAGUCAUCAUACAACUGGUGAAUUCAAAUGUUAUCGGAGCCAGAAUGGCUUGCGAACAGGUUUUGUCAUGUGACCGAUUAGUCUAUCAGAAUAAGAAUUUUUGGAUCGAAUCGUUUGUGUUGGUACGAAAAAUAAUCAAUCUCGUGGAUUACAAGGGAGUGCGAGAAAUAAUGAAAGGAUGCCGUGAUAAGAUUCAGUCAUUCCCAUACAGUAUUAAUUUGAGCAUAAUGCCACAAAUGAAGGCUGUCGAAAGUGUCAUCGAAUACAUAUUCGAUCGAAAUACGUGUCUGUUGCCCGCCUAUUUUAUUGCCAAUGAAAUACAAAAAUCCGGCCCAUUACAUUGGAAAAUCUCACAAUUGACCUCUAGUUUUGUUGAAGAUUUUCGAAAUAUCGCACAAAUGGUAUCGAUCAUUGGACACGUACACAUGCUGCCGAUUGUUGAGCAUUUCGGCUACAAUGAAUCAUUGAUAAAUCCAUGGAAAUUGGAUUUGAACACAUUGAAAUUCACACAUCGAGGUAUUUUGCCAUACGAUCCGGAAUUGUAUCAACCGCAAAAGAAUCUACUGCGAUACGUGCUUGAACAACCAUAUUCGAAAGAUAUGGUAUCGUCGAUGCUCAAUUUACCCAAACCGAAUAAACAACACAUCGCAGCGAUUGAAGAGCAAUUGGUCUGGCUGAUUAUUUCGGCGAUGGAGCGCACAGAAGAAGAGCCAAACAAACCCAAUGAAAAUGAUGACAGUUUUACCAGCAUACACUGGCUUUGGGCACACAUUUCCUCACAGUUGAUCUAUUUUGUUUUACUGCAAUAUGCUAGCUUCCCAAAUAUUGUCAGCACGUUACACGAAAAGUUGGCAGUGAAAAAUCUGAGGAAAGGUCGAGACUAUUUAAUGUGGUCUCUGCUACAGUUCAUCUCAGGCAGUAUACAACGUAAUCCAGUAUCCAAUUUCAUGUCAGUUCUUAGUCUAUUUGAUAUGCUUUAUCCGGAGAAAGAGCCAUUGCCAGUACCUGAUUGCACAAAGACUUAUGCAACACGACAGAUGGCACCAACAUUCAUAUGGAUUCAUUUGGAGAAAAAGGCUAAAUCGGAUCGCAUCAACUUGCAUCGUGACGUACCAAAUUCGCUGAAGAAACACCAUGAGUUCUUGAAGCAUUUGAUGAUGACGAAUAAUCCAUUGACAAUGGGUUCCGAUUUCACCAUAGUUUUGCUAUGCAAUGCAUACUCAACGAAUCCUGAUUAUUUCACCAGACCAAUGGCCGCACUGUUCGAAACGAUCAACAAAACUCCCGUGGGAGCAACACAACCAACGGUACCUUUAUCGAUGGUUACACUGGAUAGCUUGACGGUACAUGCAAAAAUGUCACUCAUCCACAGCAUUGUAUCACACAUAAUAAAAGCGGCACAGUCAAAGAAUACCGUUCCAGUUGGUUCGAAUAUGGCACCAGCUUUGGUCGAAACGUAUUCUCGAUUGCUUGUUUACACAGAAAUCGAGUCGCUGGGCAUCAAAGGUUUUCUGAGUCAACUGUUGCCGACAGUGUUUAAGUCGCAGGCUUGGGGAAUAUUGCAUACAUUGCUCGAAAUGCUCUCCUUCCGAAUGCAUCACAUCCAAUCAUUCUAUCGCGUUCAAUUUCUGAGUCAUUUGCAUUCAUUGGCCUCUGUACCGCAUACAAAUCAAACGCAGAUUCAUCUUUGUGUCGAAUCAACGGCACUGCGUCUAAUUACGGGCAUGGGAUCAGCCGAAGUACAACCGCAACUGUCGAGAUAUUUCACCGAUUCAAAAAUCCCCGGUAGUGUUGUGUCGACGGAGAGUGAGGAAUUGAAUCGAGCUCUUAUUUUAACCGUUGCUCAUGCGAUGCACAUUACCGGAUCCGGUGUUGAGGAUCAAUCGAAUGCCUGGUGUAAAGAGUUACUUUCAGCAAUUAUGCAGCACACACCACAUUCAUGGGCACCGCACACACUGCAAUGCUUCCCGCCCAUUUUGAAUUCGUUCUUUACACAGAACACAAUACCCAAGGAGAAUAAACAACUGUUGAAGAAGUGCGUCGAUGAUGAGUAUCGCAAUUGGGCUCAAAUGACCAAUGAAAAUGAUGUCAUCACCCAUUUUACUACGCCGGGAACACCGCCACUGUUCUUGUGUGUGCUCAUCAAAAUGAUUCUGGAAACUGACAGCAUCAAUUCCGUGGCAUACAAAGUGUUGGAACGAAUCGGAGCACGAGCAUUGUCGGCCCAUCUACGAAAAUUAUGCGAUUACCUUGCGUUCGAGUUCACCAUAUGCGGACAAAAUAAUUUGAACAUUAGCAAACUUAUUGAUGCCGUUAACAGUUUGAUGUGGAAAUACAAUGUCGUAACACUCGAUCGACUUGUUUUAUGUUUGGCAAUUCGAACACAAGAAGGAAACGAGGCACAAGUCUGUUUCUAUAUCAUUCAAUUGCUACUACUAAAGUCAAAUGAAUUCCGAAAUCAAGUGGUGGAUUUCGUAAGGGAAAAUUCACCCGAUCAUUGGAAACAAAGCAACUGGCAUGAGAAACAUAUUGCAUUUCAUCAGAAAUACCGUGAAAAAUUCUCACCCGAUGAAUCGGUUACACACAACCAAUUGCCGGUGUAUUUCGGAAAUUUGUGCCUGCGUUUUCUACCCGUUCUCGAUAUUGUAAUCCAUCGAUUUUUGGAAGUGCCCAUUAAUAAUGUGAACAAAUCUCUCGAAAGUAUAUUGAGUCAUUAUGGCUGCCUCUACAAAUUUCACGAUCGUCCUGUAACUUAUUUGUACAAUACGUUGCACUUCUAUGAGCGAAAACUUCGUGAUCGACCCGCUUUAAAAAAAUACUUGGUUAACGCGAUAAUUGGUUCACUUUCUGAUAUUCGGCCAGCGAAUUGGGUGCUCAGUGAGCAAUAUCAAACAUAUGUUCAAAAAGCCGAUAGUGAGGAAGUGCAUUGGCAACCGGAUAUUUCAUAUUACACAUCUCAUGUUCGACGUAUCGCUGACACAAUUUCUGGUAAAAAUGUGUUCUACAUGAGUGAUUGGCGUUUUAAUGAGUUCCCCAAUGCUCCGGCACACGCAUUGUAUGUGACAUGUGUUGAGCUGUUGAGUUUGCCAGUGAGCCCAACGGUUGUGGCCAACAAUAUCAUCGAUGUGAUUGUGAAGGGAUACACCGUUAUAUCGCCCAAUGAAAUUCAUGGUUGGAUCAAUGUGGUUGGAUUGUUGUUGACAGCUCUGCCAAAAUGUUACUGGAGCGUCAUUUAUGAUCGGCUGCAAGAGGUCUUGAAAUCCGAUAAAAUGACGGAAUGGCCCUAUCGAUUCUCUCCAUUCGAAAUGUUCAAUUUCAAGAGCGUCUUUGAAGCUAUGAUCGAACGAAAAUACGUCUUACUUCUGGCCGUUGCUCAUUCAAUUUUGCACCAUUCGAGCAUCGGACAAAUGGUUACAAUUGCUGAUUGCAUCAAAGAAAAACUAAAACCAUACGUACUGAAAGAACAUCAAUUGAUUUACGUCUGUCACUUAUUUGGGCCAUUUAUGCUGCGACUUGACCAGGAACGACCGCGCCUCGGCUAUGAUUUGACCAAUCUUUUGUACGAGCUCUUAGAACAAGUUGACAAAAAUCAUGGCACCGAACCGCUGAAAUACAUGGAUUCUAUUUGUGAUUUGCUAUAUCAUAUCAAGUACAUGUUCGUGGGUGACAUGCUCAAAAAUGAAACAGAAGUGAUAAUUCGAAAAUUACGCCCUGAACUACAAAUGCGCCUUCGAUUCAUUAGUCACUUGAGUGUGGACGAAAUUUCAGCAUCUUCUGGCCAAAAGAAUGUACCAUCUGUGGAGAGCAAAACACAAAUAGCGCCACCGCUUAAGACCUAAAACUUUGAAAGUGAUAUUUUUUCCUGACGAAAAUAAUGAAGCUUGCAAUGCUUGCAUUAAUAAUUUAGUACAAAAGAUAAGGAGUUUGUUAAAGUGUCCUAUACUUCAUUCUGUUUGUUCUUGUGAAAAAGCAUUUCCAAUAUUCAAUAAAAAAAACACGUAAUUAUUAACACAA